AUGAGUAUUAGUCUGAUCUUCCAUUCUGUUGCAGUCCGCAGCCAUUCCACUAAUCAGAUAGUCCAUCGCCAUGGUCCUUGCGCAGCCAAGUCGGCUAAAAAACCCACCCACCUUCAAGCUCUCACCCAAGAUUCUCUGCGAGUCGCCUCACUGCAGGAAAUAGUUUCCGGCGUCUCCCGUGGGAACGAUACACUCCUGGAAAGCCAGAUCUCCAUCCCGGCAAAGAGUGGCCUGUACCUCGGCACCGGCAAUUACGUCAUUACCGUCGGUUUUGGCAGCCCAACGAGGAUUCAGACAGUCACCUUCGAUACCGGCAGCAACGUGAACUGGAUCCAGUGCAAGCCGUGCAAUAUAAGCUGCUACGCGCAGCAGGAGCAGUUGUUUGAUCCCGCCCUCUCGUCUACCUAUCGUAAUGUCACCUGCUCAGAUUCCGAGUGCCUCGGACUUAGCAGAAGAGGUUGCUCGGGCGCCACCUGCCUCUAUGGUGUGACCUACGGUGACGGAUCCUCCACCGUUGGAUUUCUUGCCACGGAUACUUUCACGCUUACGUCCACCAACGUGUUUAACAACUUCAUAUUUGGGUGCGGCCAAAAAAACCUGGGGCUGUUUGAGGGGGCCGCCGGGCUGAUCGGGCUCGGACGCAGCCCCUACUCGCUGAAUUCACAGGUGGCCAGCAGCCUGGGCAAUAUCUUUUCCUACUGUCUCCCUUCGACAAGCAGCUCCACCGGCUACCUCAACAUCGGCAAUCCGUUAACAACUACCGUCGGGUACACGCCGAUUCUAACAGAUUCACGCGCGCCUACACUCUACUUCAUUGACCUCAUUGGGAUUACCGUGGGGGGGAUACGGCUUCCAUUGUUGCCGGCCGUCUUUCAAUCUGUCGGGACAAUCAUAGACUCUGGGACGGUGAUCACCCGCCUGCCCCCUCUGGCGUACAGCGCACUUCGGACGGCCUUCCGGGCCGCCAUGACGCAGUACCCACUGGCUCCGGCGGCAAGUAUACUGGACACUUGCUAUGACUUACGUAACGUGGCGACCGUGACAUAUCCGAUAAUCAAGCUACUGUACACCGGUCUCGAGGUGACUCUCCCGGCUACAGGGGUGUUCUACAUCAUCAGCUCUGAACAGGUCUGCCUGGCGUUCGCUGGGAACUCGGACUUCACGCAGAUCGGCAUCAUCGGCAACGCUCAGCAAAGGACGUUUGAGGUGACGCACGACAACAUUGCAAAUAAGAUCGGGUUUUCCGCUGGGGCGUGCAGCUAG